GAUGGAGGUAACCACGUCGCCUACCAAAUGGCAGCUUAUUAGGGGAUUACCAUCUGGAAAGCGGGAGGGCAUUCGGAAUGAGAGAGCCCGGCGGACCAAGAUCGCGGCUAUCGAUUUUGUAAAAGGCCAGUCGGUUCCGACUAUACAACAUAUCAACAGCCCGGACGGCUUAGCGGACUGCCUGGAUCAACCGGCGGUCCCGGGCGCUAGCCGGCUGUACGUGGUGGAGGACCUUUCGCGAGAUGUCGUCGAGCAUCUGGGCUCUAAGCUCGACAUAGACCCUCUCUUCUUCCGAGAGCACAUCAACGACUACACGUGGUACAAUACGCGCGAUCCGUGGGUCGAGCUCCCGGACCUCGAUAUCGUGUCGCGGACACGGCCCUACUUCCGCCUGACGUAUAAUCAACCGCGGUACUUCAAAAACGAGGAGAGCUUCCGCAGCGCGAACAAGCAGGCUGGGAUGUUCAAUGUACUGAGGAGGCUCGACGUCGAUCUCGAUCACGUGUCGUUGUUCGACGAGAAAAGCGCGAUCGUCGCCCUUGUUAGAAGCAAGGCGUCGUUUUGGAUCAAGCCGGCCAGCGAACAGGCCAUCGGGGUCCUGCUCAUCGACCCGCCCAUCACGGAAGGCUUCUCCCUCUGGAAAGGCUACCGGCCCUUCAUGAACUCGCCCGCCCCCUCGGAGCACAAGACAUACGACGUGCCGCCGCGCAGCAGCCUCUACGACGAGCUGCUCUUCUGGAUCCAGCACACGUCGCAGCACGACAUCGACGCGAUCGAGGACAACCCGCGGGCCAUGACCUUCCGGAUCCUGCAGAUCAUCUGCGCCGAGUGGCUCACCUUGAGCCGCUACGUCACCGCGCGCCUGGGGCAGAUCGAGUGGGAGAUCGAGCGGCCCGAGCUGUUCCGCGUCGAGAGGGGCGCGGCGCCCCGCCGCGACGAGUACGUCAACUUCAACAUAUCCCUGCAGAAGCUCCACACCUGGCGGCGGCGCCUGCCCCUCUACCGCGCCAUGGUCGCCGACACCCGCGCCAAGCUGUUCCCCGAGCCCGACCCGGGCUUCGCGUCGGCGACGGCGGUGUCCAGCCGCCGCGACUGCGUCGCCCAGAUGGCGCGCGACUUCGCCGUCGUCGCGAGCCACAUCGACGACCUGCUUUCGCGGACGGAGCGCAUCGCGGCGGUCGCGACGGCGGUCACGGCGAUCGAGGAGAGCCGUCGCGCGAUCGAGCAGAACACGACGCUGGGACGGCUGACGUACCUCGCGGUCAUAUUCGCGCCGCUGAGCUGCGUGUCGAGCUUCUUCAGCAUGUCGACGGACGUCGCGGCCAUGGGGCAGACGAUCUGGAUCUACUUUUGCGUCGCGGUGCCGAUUAGUUGGCUUGUGUAUAUGCUGGUGGAUAAGCACUGGGCGAAGGGGAUUGUGGAUACGUUUAAUAUGGUGAAGGAGAAGGGGUUAGGGGUUGGGAGGAGGAUGGGGAUAGGGAAGGGGAGGAAGGGGGGGAGAGGAGGGGGGGAUGGGGAUAGGGAAGGGGAGGAAGGGGGGGAGAAGAAGAGGGGGGGGACGUUUAGUUGGGGGCGGGGAUAGAGGGGGAGAGGAUGGUUUGCUUGCUUGGAGGGAGGGAGGGAUGAUGGAUGGGAAAUGUUACGAUAUUAAUGACAACUACCUAGGUACAUACCUACCGGCCUGGUAUGUAUUGGAAUCACCGCGGAUGGCAGAUUGAGGCGCUUUGGCGCGUAACUAUCUAAGCUUCGACAGAGAGAUAGGUAGGCAGAGUUACAUAGGUAGUUGAGACAGGUAGCGCGCGUGAUAUGAUAUUAAGCAUUACGAGUUACGACGAAGAGGCUUGGGCAUAGCGAUAGAAAGCGGUUUUGUGGUUUACUUCUAUUGGGGACCUAUGCUAGGUAGAGAAGCUAGAGUUCAUCGUGUUUUUAUGUAUCUACUUAAGUACUUACCUACUCAACUCCUUUGUGAGGUGAGGUGAUUCUUUGGAUGCUCACUCGCAUCAUCUUACUCUUUUAUUCUAUUUUUUUUAUUAUAUAUUGG